AUGAAUGGGGAGGACUGCCUGGCUUCGUAUGAGAGUAACCUUACUAUAUCUGACUUCUCUCAGGCUCCCCGCAAGCAGAAGAAGACCCGUAAGCUGCGUGGUCACGUGAGCCACGGUCACGGUCGUAUUGGCAAACAUCGUAAGCAUCCCGGCGGAAGGGGAAACGCUGGUGGACAGCAUCAUCAUAGGAUCAACUACGACAAAUACCAUCCUGGCUACUUUGGCAAAGUUGGUAUGAGACACUUUCACUUGACCAAACAGAAAUACUACAAACCAGCCAUCAAUCUGGACAAACUAUGGAGCCUGGUUAGUGAGCAGACUAGACUGCAGUACGCAGACAAGACAGACAAAGCACCGGUCAUUGAUGCUGUUCGAGCAGGUUAUUACAAGAUACUUGGUAAGGGAGUUCUUCCCAAGCAACCUGUCAUCGUCAAGGCCAAGUUCUUCUCCCGACUAGCUGAGGAAAAGAUCAAGAAGGUCGGAGGAUGCUGCGUUCUUGUUGCCUAAAUGGACACUUGAUUGUCUCACAGACUCUUUCAAAUUUACUUGAAAUACAUCAGAUAUUCUUGAAAUAUUUCAAAUAUAUUUCUUGAUGUCCCACACUAAAACAGACUGUUUAUAUUCUAAGUUACACCAUAACUUCUAUUGAUCUCCGCCAAAUACAACCGUGAUGCAUGGUAGUACAUCAUGUACUACAAUGAUACAAUAAUGCGGGCUGGAAGCCUAAAUAAAGCCGUCAUAUUCACUGGUA